ACUUCUUCUACGUACUUUUAAAAACCUAUACAACGUUGCACGACUGUCGUUACGUAUUUGUAGUUGCACGCUCCAUUUUUGCUAGUUUUUAAAUCGCGGAAGUGCUGCCACUGUGUUGUGUUUUGUGCAGUAAGUAGCACAGUUACAGUAUUUUUGUAGUGCUUUCAUCGUGAGACGACGUUUUAAAAAGAGAAAAAGAUCAUACGUUAACUCUGGCAACAGAUUGAAAAAUGGAGGACGACGCUCCUGUCAUUUAUGGUCUCGAAUUCCAGGCACGAGCACUUACUGCCCAGGCAGCUGAAACUGAUGCCAUUCGUUUCCUUGUAGGCACACAGUCACUGAAAUUUGACAACCAGAUCCACAUCAUUGACUUUGAUGAUGAGAAUAACAUCAUUAAUAAGAAUGUCCUUCUGCACCAAGCUGGGGAGAUAUGGCACAUUGGCGCCAGUCCUGCAGACAAGGCUGUGCUCACCACCUGCUAUAACAAAACCAGUGACAGCAGGGUGGUGUCCUGCGCGGCAGUAUGGCGGAUGCCCUCUGAUUGGGAGACAGGAAGCCAUGAGUCACCUGACGACUCCGCCCACAACCCCCAAACCUUGGAGCUUCUCUGUCACCUAGACGACAGCGCCCACAUCAACACUGCCUGCGUGCUGUGGGAGCCCAUGGGGGAUGGCAAGCGUGUGAUUUCAUUGGCUGAUAACCACGCACUACUCUGGGACCUGCAGGAGAGCUCCACACAGGCCACGGUCUCCAACACUGCCACCCUGGAGGGCAAAGGUCAGCUCAAGUUCACCUCGGGCAAGUGGAGCCCCCACCACAACUGCAGCCAGCUCGCCACAGCCAAUGACACGGCCAUACGAGGCUGGGACCUUCGCACCAUGAGUCAGAUCUACUGUAUAGAGAAUGCCCAUGGCCAGCUGGUGCGUGACCUGGACUUCAACCCCAACCGCCAGUACUAUCUGGCAAGCUGCGGAGACGACUGUAAGGUCAAGUUCUGGGACGUGCGCAACGUCCAGGAGCCCGUCAAGACCCUGGAGGAGCACUCACACUGGGUGUGGAGCGUUCGCUACAACCACAGCCACGACCAGCUGGUGUUGACAGCCAGCAGUGACAGCCGCCUCAUUCUCUCCAACAUGGUGUCCAUCUCCUCAGAGCCAUUCGGCCACUUGGUGGACGAUGAGGAGCUCAGCGAGGGGGAGGAAAACCACCAGGAGGACAAGGGUAAGGAGCCCCUAAAGGACAGCGUGGUGUCUACCUAUGAGGAACAUGAAGACAGUGUAUAUGCAGCGGAGUGGUCGUCGGCCGACCCCUGGCUCUUCGCCUCGCUGAGCUACGAUGGGCGCCUCGUCAUCAACAGGGUCCCCCGCGCCCUCAAAUACCACAUCCUUCUCUGAGAGAGUGGGCAUGGACAGGUGAUCUGAAUGCGUGUGUGUCUGUGUACAGUAAGUGUGCUCGAGAAAAAGAGUAGUGACACAUCUGUACACAUCCUUUGCUACAAAAAGCUGCAAAAAGACAUUCCAUUAUAACUUAAAACACUGCAAACUGCAUGUGAA